CAUCAGCGAUUUCUCCGACGAAAUUUGAAUUUUCCCGCGCUCACGUUUCCGUCAUUGAUGCCAACAGUGGACCCUAAAAUGUUUAAAUCCCUUUUCGGUGUUUCUCUUUACAUCCUGUGAAAUAAAGGAACGUUGCAAUGACCUGCAAGCGAAGAAAUGGUGGCCGUUCGAAGCACGGAAGAGGCCACGUCAAACCAGUGCGUUGUACUAACUGCGCUAGAUGCGUACCCAAAGAUAAAGCCAUUAAGAAGUUCGUGAUUAGGAACAUUGUUGAAGCUGCCGCCGUGAGGGAUAUUACUGAGGCCUCAGUUUACACGCAGUAUGUGCUGCCGAAGUUGUAUGCCAAACUUCAUUAUUGCGUCUCAUGUGCUAUCCACAGCAAAGUGGUGAGGAACAGGAGCAAGAAAGACAGGAGGAUUAGGACUCCACCUCAACGCAACUUCCCCGGCCGCGACAAUAACAGACCUCAGGCAGCCGUGCGAAAAUGAAUUGUAAUUUAAGAGAAUAAAGUCAAGGUUUGUUAAAACUAA